GACUGUCAAAUCGAUUUCAACGAACUUACGGCGCUGACGCAUGGACUGAGCGCUCAUGUAUGUGUGUUGACACUUCACAAACACAUUGCCACGGUUGAAACGUCAAAACAAAAUAUAAUAACAUAGAAAAUAAUGUGCGUGAUAAUAUUUUAAGCGUCGAGUUGUUCUUGGGAAACAUUUUGCAACCAUUUUAAUUGCAAUUGAGGAUGAUUCAGUAGCGUUUUUUUGCGGAAAAUUGAAUGAAAUGUCAUCGUUCACGGAAACAUUUAACAACCGAGAGCCUCCAUGUGUUACACGAGAUGCUGCUUGGUCGCGAACACUACGUGAUCUACAAGCCACGGCUAUGUCGAUUGACUACUCCGGUCAAUGGGUGCUUUUGGCUGGAAGACGACAUUUAGCGCUGCAAAAACUCGAUCCCGACCAAACCAACGAUGAUAAUUUUCUGCGCAAAUUCCAUCGCAAUUCGAAACACGAAAUUACUGCGGCCGAAUGGGCAAUUUGCGAAGAGUCACAAGAAUAUUGUGCCAUUGCAACGAGCCAACUUAUUGAAGUGAUUACAUGGCGAUCGGGUCAUCCAAAUUUAAUUCACUCUUUACGAGCACACACUAGAGUUAUCACAGAUAUUGAUUGGCAUUCAAAGACGCCGUAUUUGUUAGCCAGUUGCUCCAUCGAUACUUUUACGCAUUUAUGGGAUUUGAGAGAUCCAAAGAAACCUACGAUGUCAUUGAGCGCAGUUUGCAUGUCUGGAGCAACGCAAGUUGGAUUCAAUCGGGUGUCGGGAAAUCUGCUGGCUACUGCUCAUGACGGUGACCUGAGAAUUUGGGAUUUACGCAAAGGAUCAUGUCCGAUUCAAUACAUUACGGCACAUUUGGCUAGAAUCCACGGAAUAAACUGGAGCCAUAAGCAGGAAACGCACCUUACGACGGCGAGCCAAGAUGGAACGGUGAAAUAUUUUUGCAUCAACAAUCCACGGCGUGCAGAGAAAAUCAUCACAACCGGUUCGCCUGUAUGGCGUGCUCGAUACACUCCGUUUGCUGAUGGGCUAGUGACGGUUAUCGUUCCGAAUUUGGGUCGCGGAGAGAAUAGUUUGUUACUUUGGAAUAAUGCACGGCAAAGUGCGCCAAUUUGUUCGUUCACCGGCCAUUCGGAUGUGAUUCUUGAUUUUUCCUGGCGACCGAACCGUCACUAUGAUAACACCGAUAUGGAACUAGUUACAUGGUCUCGAGAUCAAACGUUGCGCGUGUGGAAUAUUGAUGAAAGCAUACAGAAAAUGUGCGAACCAGAAACGCCCGAUGAAGAAGAGUCAGUUUCAACGGACAAUGUAUUCGAGGGUAUUCCAAUCAAAGCUAAAACGGCAAUGCCAAAGCAAAAUAGUAUACCAAACGGGAGUCAACAUUUAUCGAUUCCAAAAUUCCAAGCUGAAAUGGCGAAACCGAUGCCAAAAUUUUCGUUGCAACAUGAAUUUUCGCUUUUAAAUACAAAUAUUCCGCACAUUGAUGUUGAAGUAUUGGAUGCCGUUAAGCGGCAUGCCAUGAUUCGUGUCUCGGUCAAUGGUCAUGUUAUAAUGCUGCAGAUUGUUUUCCCCGAGAGUUAUCCGCAUGUUGAUUGCCCACCGGAUUUUAUUUACUGCCAAGGCACAUCGAUCGAUGACAAUUUGGCCGAGUCGCUGAAUGACGUUCUAAAGUUGAACGCACAAAAUCGGCUGAGAAAGGGAAAAACGUGUUUGGAGCAAUGCUUAAGAGCGUUGGUCACCACACUGAAGAAAAUAACAAGCACUGGUGAUAAAUCUUAUCUGCGGCUGCAAUCUCCUCGUCUCGAAGGCGCACUCAGCGGUGCAUUGCAUGAUAAUUGCGUACCAUUUCCGAAAACGUGCGGCGCUCGAUUCAGUCAAGUCGGCAUUUUGGUGACCAUUCAACCGCUCAAUUCGAAGGGAAUUAGUUUUCGGCAUCAAAACACAACGCCACGCGCACUGUCAGCUCUGAAUAACGCUUAUUUGGGCAAUGUAAUGGGAACAAAUGUGGUGACACACCGAGAUAGCAAUCCGUCUAUCUUUUUACACGAACGUGCACGGAAAUCAACUCGCAUUCGAAAUGCACCGGCCAAAAUGGAAGCAGCCACCAUUCAUGUGUAUGAUGUAACCAAAGUGCUGGGUGUUAAUAAGAAAUUAGCGGAAAAAUAUAUCAUCGAUUCAGAUAAUUUGACAGAAAUGUGCGAGCACAAUCGAACGGUGGCAGAGAAGCAUGGCAAUCCAGAUACGGUGCAAUGUUGGAAAUUGGCGCACUUGAUAGCAACGUCCGUUGCAGCUUCCACUGAUUCAUUGGACGACGAGAUUUUCUCACAGCAAAUUCCAUUCCCGAAAAUACUGCUGGAGUCAUUAAUCAGUCAUUUUGCGCAUAAGUGUGACAUUCAAACCGCCGCAAUGUUGUGCUGUGCCUUUGGCCGGCACUGUCCAUCAAAUGCCGAAAUCUCGCGAAGUUCCAGUUUGAGCGGAAAGUCGCUCAAUGGCAGCCCGAGUGCCAGUCCAUAUCAUACAAUUCAGCCGGUUGAUUCGCAGUCGGGACAAUCGUGGAAUUUUUUGUCUCAAUGGAAGCAAUUCCGAAGCAAUUCAUGGUCGGACUCACUGGAUGACUGUCGCAUCGUUCCUGCAUUGGAUCUCAAUCGAUCUCUGUUGGGUGAUUCGAAUCGGCAUUUGUAUGACUGCUAUAAGCGUGUGUAUGCCGAAAUGCUGUUCCGUUGGAAUCUACUGGUGCCACGUGCUAAAGUGUUGAAAUACCUGAGUGCAAAUCCAGAGAUUCACCGAGAUGUAGAAUAUGUUACUGAGUGUACGAGCUGUGCACGUGUCACCAAGGCACCGCUGUGCAAAGAAUGCCGAAAACCACUGCUCACGUGUGUUUUGUGUCGAUUACCAGUCAGAGGAUUGGCUAAUGCUUGCUUAAAUUGCGGUCAUGGCGGCCACACAUCCCAUAUGAAAGUUUGGUUUUCGAAAAACGAAUUUUGUGCCUCAGGCUGUGGCUGCCAGUGUUUGAACUACAUUAUCAAAUAAGCACUACAUAUUUGCAUACAAAAAUUAUAGCAUUUUUCUAUAGCUCAGACAAGUUUUUAUCGAAUUGGAGAAUAAAUAGAAUAUUUUCUAUUGUAAAAUGUA